AUGGCGGGCGGUUUGCCGCUCAAAAAGUGGAAUUCAAACAGUCAUGAGCUAAUGCAGCGCAUUCCGGAGGAUCUGCACGCGUUAUCUCCAGAUAUAUCAUGGCAGUCAGAAACAUCGGUUUCGAUGCUUGGGUUAACUUGGAAACCCAGUACCGAUUGUUUUAUUUUCCAGGUGGAUCUUAGGCCUAUUAAAGAUGUCAUCACAAAGCGCCUUGUCGUCAGCCAGGCAGCCCAAUUAUUUGAUUCUCUAGGAUGGUUGGCACCUGUUAUCAUCGUCGCAAAGAUCUUUAUCCGGGAACUUUGGAAGCCUAAUUUAUCCUGGGAUGAUCCUUUACCUGAAGGAGUUAGUCAUCGCUGGAUAAAAUAUUAUGAAGAUCUUUCUCGCCUUUCCGCAGUCAGGAUACUUCGCUGGAUAGGAUUUCGUUCGCGAAUGUGCUCUUUCGAACUUCAUGGCUUUGCUGACGCUUCUGAAAAGGCGCACGGUGCUGUCGUUUAUUUAAAGACAAUUUCGCCUAACGGAAAUUGUUUUAUUGGACUCAUUUCUUCUAAGACAAAGGUCGCUCCUGUUCAAACUGUUCCGCUUCCUCGUCUUGAGCUAUGUGCCUCAGUUUUGUUAGCUCGUCUCGUUGCUCACCUUCAAACUCAACUGCGUUUUGAUGUUGCUCUAUAUUUGUGGUCUGAUUCUAUGAACACACUUCAUUGGAUUUCAGCUGUUCCUACAAGAUGGAUGAAAUACUUCGCGAAUCGGGUUUCGGAAAUUCAAACGAUCGUUCCUUCAGCAAUUUGGCAUCAUGUUCCGGGUGCAGAUAAUCCAGCUGACUGUGCUUCUCGCGGGUUGUCAGCUUGCGAUUUUUCGCAGUUUUCACUCUGGUGGAAUGGUGCUGCGUGGCUUAAAAGACAAGAAGAGUGGCCUUCAGCUCUGCUUGGACCUCCAGAACAUACAGUGCCCAAAGAAAAACGUAGAGUUACUGUCAACGUAGCAGUUCGUGUUAAUGAACCGUGUGAUCUUCUGAGUCGUUAUUCAUCUUUAGACAAAUUACUACGAGUCACUGCUUGGUGUCUUCGUUUUCGAGACGCUUUGAAGUGUCGCUCUAUUAGCGUUUCUCGGAUUUUAGUUGCAUCAGAUCUUCGAACAGCUCUUUUAUUCUCGAUUCAGCAAGAACAAAAUCGCUAUUUUUCUAAUGAAAUCACCGCUCUAAAAAAUAAAAUGCAGAUUUCUAAGAAUAGCACUCUAAUAAAGUUGACUCCAGUUUUUGAUGGUCAACUUCUUCAUGUCGGAAGUCGCUUAAAGCACUCUCUUCUCACUUAUGAUGAGAAGCAUCCACUGAUUCUACCUCCUGAGUCUAUUCUCGCAACUCUUAUCAUCCGCGACUGUCACCUUCGCUGUCUUCAUGGGGGUGUCCAACUUUCCCUUGGAACGUUACGACAAUCUUAUUGGAUUCUUCGAGGUCGCAAUUUGGUCCGAUCAUUGAUUCAUCGGUGCAUUCCAUGCGUCAGAAAAGAGGUAAUACUCAGCAACAGCUGA